AUUUGCUCUUUGUAAGUUUUACCGACAGAAACGCCUUACACAAGGGAGUAUGGUCCACUCCAAUAACAGCCAAAAUAUGUGUAUCCGCUCGGGUGUAUCCGUCAUAAAAGAGGGCGUGUGUUAAGUGCUGAGAACGGCAACUAUUUGACGGCAUGAGAAGAUUGACAUACACCCGGAUGGCAGAAGAGAGUAGCUUGAGUUCCAAUGGGAAUGUUGGAGGAUCAACAGCGACAAUGAAUGCACGUGUUUUACCUGCUGUCACGUUGAUGUAUUCUGCAGUGACGUAUGCAGCUAGGAUAUGGGAUUUCACGUGGUUAUACUAAUACCACAGUAAUACAAUAUGGACUCAGGAUAGCUAUUGAUGUACUUUAAAGAACAAUUAGUUAGUUUACUAGAGAAUGAUUUGUUCUUCGUACCGGACUACACCUAGUCAGCAGUGAUUACGACUGUUUUCAUUGAAGCAAAAAGAAAAAAAUAUAUAUAAUUAGAGAAGUAUAAACAUCACUGCCAUUUUCAACAUGAUUUUAAGAAAGUAUUAUUUUUACUUUGGUGAUAUUUGCUCUUCCGAAGGAUUAACCAGCUAUACCUCACAAUAACCUUCAUAUGAAAUGAAACAAGUGUUAUUUACGAGGAAAACCCCUCGGAGGAAAACAAAUUACGCUUUCUGAGGAUUUUAUUGAACGAUUGAUGUUUUGUUGCCUUAACAUUCAUCUGGAUAUCAGGAAUGUACUAAUACAUCACAAUUCUCCAAAACUCAUGAGAUUAAUGUAAUGUUACAUCAGAGAUGCUGAUACAGUAUUAUAGGUAAUAUCGUUAAUAAAAGAAGUGGUGACUGACAACAAUGUCCAGGGAGAAUAUAUUUCAUUUUUAAAGGAUGUCAAUUGUCUUAAAGGCACGUGAAUGUGACAGGAAAGGGAUAUUUCUCAGCACCAUAGAUGAAGUGGAGAUGAACUGAUGUUACUCAUCACGAGACAACAGAAACAAUUUACGUCAAAACGUGUUCAGUUACAACACUACCUCAUGUUCAACUGUGGACGGUAAUGAUAAUGUACGGGGUAUUGUCUGUCAUCCCAAAAAAUAUAUAACUGUUAAUAUGAUUCUAUUAUAAACAUAGUGCUCGAUUUGUUUGGUGUUUAUGCAGUGGAAAACAACACAAGUACGUAUUUAUUUAUUACAUUCACACACAACAUUCCUAUAGAAGAUAACAAUAUCACAAAUGAUAUUGUAAUAGAAGAAUUGAAAAAUAUUCACACACAAAAAGUGAAUAUGCUUUUGAGAUUUCAUAACAAAGCAAUAAUCGACAAUCUUGUGCAACAGUGUCAUGAUACAAGCAACAAAAGAACAAGGUCCCUGCAGACAGACGUCUUGGUGUCAUGAUCUUUCUUGAGGAAGGUGAUAUAAAAACUAAGCCUCUGGAAUUACAGAUCAGUAAAUAAUGCUAGGCCAGCGAAUCACUCUUUUCAAAACGAUCUGAGAAAAUAAAUGACAAAAGUUGUAGUUAUGGUAGACUACAACCAAUUUUUCUCAGUUUUAUUUGAGUAAAAAUGACAUUAACUUGGCGAUAGAAUUAAUUUUGUUAAUAAAGAACCUAAAAGGGGCUGAAAAGUCCUCGGAUUCGUCCCAGAUCUGAUAUGAAGUUUGUAACACAAUACGGAGUGUUUUCUUACGUUAUAUACUACCUGAUUCUGACUCUGAUAAUUCUACCGUGUGCAAAUUCAUGUAUACUUUUACUAAAUGGAUGGACACCCUUAUCUGUAUAUGAGAGGACAGAGAUGGCAGAUGCGGUUGCGUCCGGGUAUGUCUUAAGGGCGUAUAAGGACAUCAGGACAGACGCACAUACAUAUAGUGCUGAGGUAAAGAUAUUGCAGAUUUAUAAAGGUGUCGAUAACAUUCGGGAAGUAACAGCGAAUGGAAGCAUGGGAAAUAUAUAUAAUAUCAGCAAUUUCGGUGAUAAGAAAAUGUGCUAUGCUGAUAUCGACGAAAACGAAAGUUAUAUUUUCUUUUUGACUGUAUAUAAAGGACGUUUAUCUGCUCAAUAUGAUGAUAUUUUCGGUGCUGCUGUUGAUUUCACGGAGGAAAACGAGGAUGAAGUUAUACAACAGUUAGGUUGGGACUUCUGGUCAUCUUGGUGCUCGUGCAGUUCUUCCUGUGACGUAGGUGUGCAGGUGCGGCGACGCACGUGCCAGAAAAAAGAAGGAACGUGUGAUGGGAGCGAGGUUGAUCAAAGACAGUGCAAUACUUUCUCGUGUAAAGGCACAAGAAACGUCAUGGAAAUUUUCAACAUUCAGUCACUUCCGGUUGGUAUAACUCGAGACGCCAUGCGCCCUUCCUCAUUUAACAUCACACAAAGAGCCAAUUUAUACUCACCUUUAUCAUCGCUAUUCCGGACGGGAUUCCCAAUCGACUUUUCUAUUAUGGUGACGGCAAGACUUCCUGUCGAUAGUGAAGGAUAUUUGUUUACUUUAAGUGACAUCAUGGGAAAACAAAGACUGUCAAUAAAAUACGGAGAUGUAACUAAACUUGAAUAUUAUGAUCAAAAUGAUUUACCUGGAUUUAAAUCACCUUCGUUCGAUGUUAGUUUGGCGAAUGGUGAUUGGCAUCAAUUCGCGUUUAGUGUUAAAGGUCAUUCCAUUAAAAUGUAUAUAGACUGCAUACAUGUCCUCAGUAAAACUUUGAGCCGUUCGGAACACCCAACCUUUGGGGUUAACCUCAUGGCUUCUAUUGGUCCAUACUUCGCCAGAUAUGGACGACCAUUUGAGGGCCAACUGGAGCAACUGACAAUAUCAUCGGACCCUACAGCUGCCGCUCAUCAAUGCUUCAUACAAACCGGAGAAGUGAUACAAGAACCGGCGAGUAAGGAUGAUGGAGAUGUUCGACCCAAGCCUACACCUCCCUCUGUACUGACGACUACAACAACACACAAGGAUGAUCUUAAGGAACUAGCCACAGCACAAGCCAUGCCAACAGAGUGGUCAUCUUGGUCUUCUUGUAGCACCACAUGUGGUUCCGGAAUGGAGACGCGGUCAUUGUAUUGUCUCAAUAAUGAAAUCAGCGUGGAAGAAUGUGUAAGCGGCCAGCCAGAGACAUCUCAGUCACGACACUGCUUCGUCCAGGAAUGUCGAGAGCUUUGUCAGGAAUCGUGUCUUAAUGGCGGCAGCUGUGGACAGGACGGCCAAUGCCAUUGCCCGUCUGGCUAUUACGGACAACGGUGUCAGUCGGUUCGGUGUCCACGUCCUUGUAAAAACGGAGGAAACUGUUCCACUUCCGGUCAGUGUGUAUGUCCCCAAGGGUAUUUUGGCAGACAAUGUGAAAAAGCCGUCUGCUCCCCGAAGUGUAGAAAUGGCGGGCGUUGUGUGGCACCAGGGAUAUGUUCGUGUCCGUUCGGCUAUAUACAGCCUAUAUGUAAACCAUUUUGUACGAAAGUGUGUCACAAUGGCGGACGCUGUGUACGUCACAACACGUGUAAAUGUCGGAAGGGAUACACAGGGAAAGACUGCUCUAAACCAAUUUGCCGACGAGGCUGCUACAAUGGAGGGAAGUGUGUGGCACCAAACAAAUGUUCAUGUCCCCGAGGGUACAGGGGCAAAAGAUGCCAAAAGGCUGUGUGUAACCCGACAUGCCAGAAUAGCGGUGUGUGUAUCUAUCCCUAUGUUUGUAGGUGUAGAGCGGGAUAUUACGGCUCGUAUUGUCAGGAAUUCACCUGCAGACGAUCAUGUAAAAAUGGCGGGAAAUGCAUAGGUCACAAUAAAUGUGAAUGCUUGCCAGGAUACUCAGGGAAAUGGUGCCAGCGAGGCAAAUGUGCUAAGCCUUGCCAAAAUGGCGGCCGCUGCAGACGUAAUAAGUGUCGGUGUCCCAAAGGUUACGGUGGGCAGACAUGCGAGAGGAGGGGGUGUAACUACGAGAAAUACGUCGUUCCCUAUCAGAAAACAUACCGGAGGCUUCAGAGAGAGGAAUUCACCACACAGUGCGGGCCCUGGCGCUGGAAGACUUGUGUUCAAACUAGGUUGAGAUACGUGACGGAGUCCAAAACGCUAUACCGAACGUCAUAUCGUUGUAUUUGAUUUGUCAGUGUUCAACAAAACCCGAUUGGCCGAUCACGUUAAAAUCUGUAACACAGUGUCUGAUUGGAGGAUUUUACCAAAGAUCGACGUUUCGCCAUGGACAGAUGUGAUUGGUUGACUUCGCCAAACGUCGUGUCGUUUUAUUGGUUUGGUCAAUUAUAUGGAACUUUGUAUCAGCGCAUUUGAUUGGCUGAAUUCGCAAAAAGUCCUGCCUCCCGGUAUCUGGUUGGUCAUUAGUACGGAACUUCAGACAAUUGUUUCUGAUUGGAUGACUACCCAGUUAAUAAACAUACAUCAUGUCUUUCAUCUAUCGAUCCACAUAUCAUGUUGGAAGUUAUAAUUAAAUUACAUGUUUAUUUAUAAACAAAUGUGUUGUCUUUAUGUAUUGCAUCUAGACCUAUUUCCAAUAUCGGAUAAAAUAGCAUGUUUA